AUGGCCCCGGGGACAUGUGUCUGGCUUCUGCUGCUUCUGGCUUCUUUUGCGGUCUGGGCCUACUGCUCCAUGUGUCGACACUCUAUUUUGGCUCCCUCCCCCAUCCUCCUUCCAUUUUCUCUCCUCCAGACACAACAGAAGCAGAAGGAAGGAAGAAAGCAGAAAGAACUUCGAUUCCGAUACCGGAAGCGCGUCGGAAGGGUGUUGCACCUGCGGAAAGCGGCUUCAAAGACGACAAAGGCGGUGAAGAUGAACGGGAAUGUGGUAUAUGAAGACCUGAGCGAGCGUCCUCCGCUCAGGUCGUCUGGCUCCGCUUCCUCCAUGCCCAACCAUUAUUCGGCUCGUCAGAAGGGCCAGCUAGUGAGUCCGGAGCCAGACCUGUUCGUGCAGCUCGCCAUCUUCCCAGGGUCUCAAGACAGAGAAGAGAUUCCCGUGGAGCAUUGCCAUCACGCGCCUUAUUGCUCACCUCUCCUCUCUCAAAGCCCUGUCUACGAAGAAAUCCUCACCGGGAACAGACGUGGAGGGGACCGAGCUCCAGGGUGCCCCGGUAGGACUCAGUGCUGCCACAAUCCAGACUUGAUCUCCUCGGAUCCCGAAGAACUGUAUCUGUAUCGGGAACCGGAUGAUCCGAGCGACGAUGAAGUCAUGUACAAGAAGAACCGGAAGCCUCAGGAAGAAGACAUGGAGGCGAGCGAAGAGGAGCAAGAAGAUUUGCUGCCCGCCAAACCCGUGCCUUAUUACGCAAGUGACGUUCUUCCGCCGGAUUACGUCCCGCCGUCACAAGACCGGGAAUCGUCCUUUUCGGACUCGUGGCGGGGCCCUGCCUUCCGGAGUUUGCGAUCGCCGCGGAGGAACGCCGUGGAGCCGCGGUCGCGAGUCCCUGCAAAGCGGUCCCACAGUGCCUUGUCCGCGAGGGGGAGGGGGAGGGGGAGGGGGCGAGGGAGGGCUGCGGCCUUGGGGUGCGUCCAAGUUCCCUGUUACGGACACGGCGUCUGUGAUCAAGGUCAUAUCCUCACGUGUGCUCCUGCUAUGGUCCUUGCUCAUCCAUGCCACUUGUUGUCUUCAUCUGCUGCUCAUCAACCCCAACCUAGACCUCAACCUCAACCUCGUCCUCCUUGA